AUGGGAAUCGUGCAGUCGAUAUUCCUGGCAAUCUUCCCCGGAAAGCCGAAAUUCUCGGUUGACGAGAUCCCUGAUCUCACCGGCCAAGUAAUAAUAGUUACUGGUGCCAAUACGGGCAUUGGCAAAGAAACUGUCAAGGCUCUACUAGCACAUAAUGCAAAGGUCUACAUAGCUGCCAGGAACGAGGAGAAGACGCGUGCGGCUAUUCAUGAUCUCAAGGCUGCUACGGGCAAGGAGGCAUAUUACUUGCACCUUGACCUAGCGGAACUGAAGGCCAUAAAGCAGGCAGCGGCCGAAUUUCUGAGCAAAGAGCAACGACUCCACGUACUUUUCAAUAACGGAGGGGUAAUGACACCGCCUAUCGAAGAAACAACGGCAGACGACUACGACCUCACGUUCGGAACCAACGCCCUCGGCCAUUUCUACUUCACAUCACUCCUGCUUCCGAUCAUGUCUGCAACGGCCAAAGAAACAGGCAGACCCUCGCGCGUUGUCACCACAUGCUCUCUCGCGAGCUUCUUCGCCGGGUCUAUCGACUACGAGACCCUCAAAGGCGCGUCGAACCCAAAGCGGCUGAAGAAAGGGAGCCAGUAUAUGUACGCGCAAAGCAAAUUCGCUAACCUUGUGUUUGCUGUUGAGUUGGCGAGGAGGUACAGCGAAGAGGGCAUAGUUUCGAUUGGCGUGAACCCAGGCAACAUUCAAUCUGAUUUACAACGCUAUUUCGGGACUCUAGAACAUAUAUUCAUCGAUUGGAUGUUGUUCCCAACGCCCAUGGGAGCUCUCACCCAGUUAUACGCAGGAACCGCACUAGAAGCUGAAAAGUACACUGGACAAUUCUUGGUCCCUUGGGCACGUCCUGGAUAUAUGCCUGGACCAGCUGCGGAUGCGGGCAUUGGAAAGAAACUGUGGGAUUGGAUGGAAGCACAAGUCGCCGAAGUAUAA